AUGACAGCUUCAGGAACAGUGGCUCUCUUCUCACCAGGGCAGCAUGGGCACCUGAUACCCUAUCUUGCAGCCAUUCACGCCUCCUGUAUCACUCACGAUCGCACUAUCGCAGAAUUCCUCCCGCCCCUAUCUCACGAGAAACUCCUCGCUUGGUGGAAAGAGCGGAUUGCAGAGGUGGCAGACGGCAAACGGCUCAUAUUCAUUCUCCUGAACGACUACGAACCUGGAGCUCGGCCGAACGGCUCCGAUGUGGUGGGUGUUGUCAUGUUAAACAUGCCCUCUUCAGAAACUGGCCCAUUUCGCGGUGUCGUUGAAAAGCUCCUCGUCCACAAAGCUUUUCGCGGUCGAGGAGGUGCCAGAACUUUGAUUUCUACCCUCGAAGCUGAAGCCACCAAGCGUGGUCGAACUAUUCUGCUUCUCGACACAGAGACGGGAAGCCCAGCAGAGGAGGUGUAUAAAAAGCUUGGUUAUGUCGAGCUUGGCCAGAUCCCAAAAUAUGGUCUAAGUCCAAAUGGAGAACUCAAGGGCGGUACCUUCUUUUGGAAACAUCUGACGUUGCAGUCCUGA